GAUGUUAAACGAGUUUCAGUGCUUUGAAUUCACCUGGAGAGCUUUUUGAAAACCCACGGGACAAACAAAAUCCUUCCAGUCUGAAGUGGAACUUUGCAAAAAACUACAGUUCAGAGUUCUAGAAAAGUUUCCGGCUGAAGAAAUCAAGUGUCUAAAUAAAAAAUCAGUCAAGGUUGAGGAAAGACAAACAUGAGAAACCCAGACCUAGUUAUCAUUGCCUUGCUGCUCAGCUGUGUAAUAGAUAGUACCGUCUACAGCCAGGUAACCUGCCGCAGAGCCACGACUCGUGAAUGGUACACUCAGCCAAAGAACAUCAGUGUGAGGUGGACCCUCAUGGAGAACACCUGCAGCAGCUUGAUCCAGUGCUGGAGUAGACAAACAGAAACAAAUGGACACUUGUGGACAACUGGGCCAUAUUACUUUCCUCAGCUUUGCCCUCUGGAAUUUCAACUUGGAGAUGUGAUGUUUGUUUCUGCUGACAGAACGCUGGAACAAUAUGGUAUCCACCUAAUUAAUGUGUCCAAAGAGGAGUUUGAAAACUGCUUGAUUUUAGAGCCACGAAAGGAGCAGUUGGUGUUUGCCAACAGUAUUAAUGGUACUUUGCAAGUGGAAACGAAAUGGCUGAAGACCGGUAUGAAUUACUUCACUGUUGUUCAUAGAGGCAGUAGUCAUAUGUGUAGACUUGGCCUACGCAUUGCACUUCUGGUAAAGCCUCAGCACUGCCAGAGCUCACCUCUUCUUCGCCUGUGUUCGGGAAAUGGUGAAUGCAGAACUACAUUUAAAGACGAUUCAUUUAGCUGUCAGUGCCACAAACACUUUUCAGGACUUUAUUGUGAGAACAUUGAUGGAUGCUAUGAACAGCCAUGCUUAAAUGGAGGCACCUGUCUGAGCAAGAGAACAGCAUACACAAAUCUCCCACCUUACGAAUGUCUUUGCCCCUCUCUGUUCACAGAAGCACUGGAGGCAUUCCUUAGAGACCGCUGGAGGCUCCUCUGCGAUUCAAACCCGUGCUGGAAUGACGGUCGCUGUGAGGAGACUGCUAAUGGAUAUGUUUGCACAUGCCCAGGGGGUUUCACAGGCCUCAACUGUGAGACCACCACUGAGGCUGACAGCUACUGCAAGUCUAACGGAUGUCAACUGGACGAAGCUUGUGCCACAGACAAACUUAAUUCCACAUGUAUCUGCGUAGGCCCGGAAUGCUCGGAGCAGGCAGAGGUGUGUGGCACUUUGCCCUGUCUCAACGGUGGCAUCUGUGUAGUUCAGAAUGGCCAGUAUCAUUGCAGAUGCCGACAAGGUUUUUCCGGAAAGAACUGUGAAGAAAUAAUUGACUUCUGCAAGCUGCUCAAUAUUAACUGCCUGAAUGAGGGAUUGUGUCUCAGCCUAGUUGGAGGAUAUAAUUGUCUCUGUGCACCAGGAUGGACGGGGGAGUUUUGUCAGUACUUGGAUAAUGCAUGCUUAGCCUAUCCAAACAGAUGCUUGAACGGAGCUACUUGCAUCAGUAUGAGUCAGCCAACUGCACCCCCGCACUAUAUGUGCACCUGUCUCCCUGGAUACACAGGACGCUACUGUGAGGCUGAAGUAAAUGAGUGCGAUUCCAGUCCCUGUCAGCACCAGGGAACAUGCACUGACUUUGUUGGAUACUACAAAUGUGCCUGUCCUUCAGGAUACACUGGGGUUGACUGUGAGGUUGACAUAAAUGCCUGUGCGCUUCCAAAUGUCACCUGUCCCCCUGGAACGUUCUGUGUGGAUUUGCCAGGUGACCAGCUCCAUAUAUGUCACACUCAAUGCCCUCGCUAUCUACAGCCAUGUGCCAAUGGAGGACAUUGUGUCCUUAACAACAUCACCAGUUACAGUUGUGUUUGUGCACCUGGAUGGACUGGGCCGACCUGCUUGGUCAACAUGAAUGAGUGUGUCCAGCACAGGUGUCAGAACAGAGCCACCUGCAUGGAUGAGGUUGGUGGGUACAGUUGCCUUUGCGGUCACGGAUAUACUGGAGUCCACUGCGAACUUGACAUUGACUUCUGCUCUGGGCAUCAGUGUUCAGAACACGCCUUCUGUCUGGACCAACAGCACAACUACACCUGUCACUGCAUGCUGGGAUAUGAGGGAACGUUCUGUGAGCUUGAGACAGAUGAAUGCAAAAGUGCACCAUGCACCAACGGUGCCACUUGCAUUGAUUUGGUGGCAGGUUACCAAUGCCUGUGUGCUCCAGGAUUUAAGGGUCGAACAUGCUCCAAGAAUAUGAAUGAGUGCUGGUCCAGACCCUGCCUUAAUGGGGGCACCUGCAUUGAUAUGGUCAAUGACUACAUUUGUAUCUGUCCACUUGGAUUCACAGGACAUGACUGCUCCAUGCCGGCUGUGGGCUGCACUUCCAACCCUUGCGAUACGAAGGGCACUUCCAUGUGCGAAGAGCAGCAGGGCAGUUUCAAGUGCACGUGUCACCAUGGCUAUACUGGCCUAUUUUGUGAAACUUUUAUCAGUCACUGCGUUGAAGGAUUGUGUCAUCACGGAUCAAAGUGUGUGGAUCUCCUGCUGGGUUUCGUGUGUGAAUGUUUGCCUGGGUUACAAGGACGAUUCUGUGAGGUAAACAUUGAUGACUGUCUCGAUAAGCCUUGUGGUGCACUCAGUAUCUGUAAAGAUGGUAUCAAUGCCCAUGACUGUUUCUGUGCACCUGGGUUCGUCGGUAAUAACUGUGAGAUUGAAGUAAAUGAGUGUCUUAGUCUACCCUGUCAGAAUGGAGCUUCCUGCUCAGAUGAGCUUAACUCCUUCAGCUGUCUCUGCCUUGCCGGGGCCACAGGCAGUUUAUGUGAAAUAAACAUAGAUGAAUGCCAGUCAUCACCAUGCAUGAACAAAGGCACGUGUUUGGACCUCUCAGAUGGCUUUGAAUGCAUUUGCCCAUCAGGUUACUCUGGUCCCAAGUGCUCGCUGGACAUUGAUGAGUGUCUCUCAUAUCCCUGUAAGAAUGGAGGCACCUGUAUUGACCAACCGGGUAAUUACUACUGCCGAUGUGCGGCUCCAUAUAAAGGGAUUAACUGCGAGUUGCUGCCCUGUGAGGCUGUUAAUCCAUGUGAUAACGGGGCAGAGUGUGUGGAGGAAGCUGAUCCCGUCCUCUUCCCUCUGGGUUUCCGGUGCCGAUGUCGCCAGGGUUUCACAGGGCCCCGCUGUGAGAUCAACAUAGACGAGUGCAGCUCCAACCCCUGUCUACAUGGCUUCUGUUACGAUGCUGUGGAUGGUUUUUACUGCUUGUGUAACCCUGGUUACGCUGGAUUAAGAUGCGAGCAGGACAUCAAUGACUGUGUCAGCAACAUGUGUGAAAACAACUCGACUUGUGUGGACCUCCAUCUGAGUUACGAGUGCCUCUGUCUACCCGGCUGGGAGGGGGAGUUCUGUCAAUGGGAGACCGAUGAAUGUUCAUCAAACCCCUGUAAAAACAAUGCCACCUGUACAGACCUCCUCAACGCUUACAGGUGUACAUGUCCUCAUGGCUGGACAGGCCUGGAUUGUGGAGAGGAUGUGAAGGAAUGUUCUUCCUCUCCCUGCCUGAAUGGUGCACAUUGUGUGGAGUCUGACAUCCCAGGGGAGUUUUCCUGCACCUGCCCGCCCUUCUUUACCGGCCUCCUCUGUGAACAGGCAUACAACCCCUGUGACCUGCGGCAUAACCCCUGCCUGCACAACUCUACCUGCCGUGCCAAGUCAGAUGGAACCACCCUCUGUGUUUGCCCAGUCGGGUUUGAGGGAACUCGCUGUGAAAUUGAUAGUGAUGACUGUGUCUCAAGACCUUGUCAGAACCAAGGCCAUUGUGCGGAUGGGGUCAACAGUUACAGCUGUUUCUGCAAGCCAGGUUUCUCGGGCCAACACUGUGAGGAAGACAUCAAUGAGUGUGCAUCCAACCCCUGCCAGAACGGAGGCGUCUGCCAAGACCUUGUGAACGGUUUCCAGUGUAACUGUGUCCCCGGAUAUUUUGGAAAGCUUUGCAACCUGGACAUAAACGAAUGUGAAGCUUCCCCCUGCCUCCAUGACUCUGUGUGCAUCAACAAACCUGGGGGAUUCAUAUGUGUCUGCCAUAGUGGCUUCUCAGGUAAAUGGUGCGAGCUGAACGUUGAUGAGUGCAAAUCUAAUCCAUGCCGAAACAACGGGAGGUGCAUCGACGGUCUUGAUGGUUACCAGUGUGUGUGCUCCAGAGGUUUCAUGGGCUAUCACUGUGAGAGAAACAUUGAUGAGUGCUCAUCCAACCCCUGUGUUCAUGGGAGUUGCCUGGAUGAAACUGAUGCAUACAGCUGUCAGUGUGAGGUUGGAUGGACCGGUCACAGAUGUGAGAUCAACAUUAAUGAGUGUGAGACUCAUCCUUGUCUUAAUGGAGGCUCCUGUGUGGAUCUUCUGGACAAAUACGCCUGCAUAUGUGCAGAAGGUUUCACUGGGAAGAACUGUGAGAUUGACCAGAAUGUGUGUCUGCAGACGUCUCAUAAUUUCUCCCUGUGUUUCAAUGGAGGGACAUGUGUGGAUGGACCAGGGGCCAAUUUCACAUGCAGCUGCCUGCCAGGUUUUGUUGGAGAUUUCUGUGAGGUAGAGAUCAAUGAAUGCUGCUCUGAGCCCUGCUUUCAUGGGGCCAUCUGCCAAGACCUCAUCAAUGGCUACCAAUGUCAUUGUCGACCAGGUUGGACAGGCCUUCACUGUGAAUAUGACAUUAAUGAGUGCUUGCUGCAACCAUGCAACCAGGGAAUGUGCAUCCAGAAUGAGCCUGGACAUGGCUACACCUGCUUCUGUCGGCCUGGAUUUGUGGGAAAAAACUGUGAAUAUAAUUAUGAUGACUGCUUGAUCCAGUCAUGCCCUGAUAGGUUUUCCUGUAAGGAUGGCAUCAACAAUGUCAGCUGUGUCCCUGUGAAGACCGACACAUCGUCUGUUCCUCCCAUCUCAGUUGUGUCGUGGAGAACCAUCAACCCCAACCCAGAGUUACAACCCACUUUAGCACCUGUGGAGAACUUGCAAAACACUGAGCAGUCGACAGAUAUUAGUAUUGGGAGAUAUUCUGGGAAAUCCUUUUUAGAGUUUGAGGGCAUUGAAGUCGGUGCUGCGUUCAGUGUCACAGUGAGAUUCCUGACUGAAUCCAUGUAUGGAACCCUGCUGUAUUCAGCCAGUGCCAUAAAAGGCAUCUUCUUCGUCAAACUCUAUGUUUCCAAUGGAAUGCUUCAGUAUGACUUUUUAUGCAACCAAAAGGAGGGAGCUCAGCGGAUUAAUACAGCACAGCAGGUUGCUGAUGGAAAUGAGCAUGUGCUGCUUUUGAGACAGUAUCUUUCUCCGUGUGCAGCUGAAGUCACUAUUUCAGGCUUUAGGACUGUCAGAAGCAUUCCAAGCAAUUUCACAACAGUCAUGAGUUUACAGAGAACUGACAGUCUCUUCAUAGGAGGACUUCCUCUUCUGUAUCCACCUUAUAAAGCGGCUGGAAGCAGGUCACGGGCACUUGAGAUACUGUCUCCAUGGCAUCACGACCCACCAGCAAACUCCACAGAUUCCCCUCCUCAGUUCAUCACAGUGGAAACCCCUCCUGACAGGCGUAUCCCACCCACCCAGCCUUCACCUGUCUGCCCACAGGGGCUCUGUCUCAACGGCGGAUCCUGUCGGCCCAUCUCACUGCCCAGCGGAGCCUCGUCUUUCUUUUGUGACUGUCCUCUGCACUUCACAGGACGCCUGUGUGAAAAAGAUACCACAGUCUUUUUCCCCCGAUUUGAUGGUACCUCUUUCUUGGAGUUGCCGUCUCUGACAUCCCUGUUUCAGUCAGACACUCACUUUACGAGCCAUUCCUCUGAAGACAAGAGGACCAUGUAUUUGACAAUGAAGAGCAAGACACCUCAUGGUACUAUUCUCUACUCCCGGGAGCAGAAUUUUGGAGUCCGUUUCCUCCAUGUGUUUCUCCAGAAUGGAAGACCAGUGGCCAAGUUGGGCUGCAGCAGCAUUCAUGUUUUGACUGCAGCUUCUCCACAAAAUAUCAGGAACAAUCGCUUGGUGCCAAUUAUAGUGAGAUAUGCAUUGCCAUCUCGUGACAAUGACCGGCUCUGUAUCAUUGAAAUAGCUGUUGCUAAUGGAACUGCUAAUCGACAGCAGAAAUAUAUGGAUCAGCCUGUGUCAGAGGUAUUCCAUUUUAAACAAAGUCUUGUACGUGGUAGCAUCCUCAUUUCCGGUUCUAGACCCAUCUCGGAGAAGUCUGUUUUGCCCAACGAUGUGGAGAGCUGGUUCUGCGCGUGUCCUUCACUUUACUCCGGUAAGCUGUGCCAGUUCACCGCCUGCGAGCGAAACCCGUGUGCACUCGGCGCCACCUGCGUUCCCCAGACGCGGCUCGAAGCAGUGUGUCUUUGCCCCUAUGGAAGGCAGGGUCUCCUCUGCGAUGAGGCUGUCAACAUCACUCGUCCCAGGUUUAGUGGACUUGAUGAAUUUGGAUACUCAUCCUAUGUGGCUUAUCCUUCUAUUCCCAGUAUCGGUCAUUUUUAUGAAUUCCACCUGAAGCUCACCUUUGCCAAUAAUGUCUCCGCUUUGAGAAACAACCUCAUUCUCUUUUCUGGGCAAAAGGGACAAGGCAUCAGUGGUGAUGACUUCUUCGCAUUGGGGGUGCGGAACGGCAGGAUUGUUCAGAAGUAUAAUCUCGGCUCGGGUUUGGCAACAAUUAUCAGCGAGCGCCUGAAUCCGAGGAUCAACAUUCACACGGUGCACUUUGGAAGACAUCUCAAAGAUGCAUUAAAUUUAUCGCAAGUGAUGGUUGAUGGGCAGAAGAGGAGGAUGGGUACAUCCCCUGGACCACUGGUGGGCUUGAACACCUUUAGUCAGCUUUAUGUGGGUGGAUAUGAAGAAUACACACCUGAGCUAUUGCCUGCGGGCUCUCGAUUCCAGAACAGCUUUCAAGGCUGCAUUUUUGAUUUGCUGUUUCGGACAAGACGAGAUGGGAAGUUUCAUCCUCCAGGAGGGUCAGAGGGCAGGCCAGUGUCAGGACGUAAUGUGGGGCAGUGUGGUGUUAAUCUGUGCAGCUUGGUCAUCUGCAAGAACGGAGGCACCUGUGUGGACUCUGGAUCCUCUGUGUACUGUCAGUGUGUGUUAGGAUGGAAAGGCGCUCUUUGCUCAGAGAAAGUGUCGUUCUGUGAUGCUGAGCACAUCCCACCACCCUCCUGCGCUCGCGGUGCCCCCUGCGUGCCCCUUCCUGAUGGAUACACAUGCCAGUGCCCCCUAGGCUCUGCUGGACUCUUCUGCCAGCAAGCUGUAUCUAUCAGUGAUCCCUUCUUCAGUGGGAAUCAAUCGUCUUGGAUGUCAUUUCCUCCCAUCAACAUAAGACACAGAACUCAUCUGCAUCUGCAGUUUCAAACACUUUCACCGGAGGGCAUCCUGUUCUACACCGCACGCUAUUUGAGCAGUCGGUCCGGUGAUUUCCUCAGUGUAUCCCUGUCAGCUGGAUUUGUGCAGCUCCGCUAUAAUCUGGGAAACGAAACUAUUGUAUUACAGUCUCCAAAAACUGUAGAUGUGACCGGCAUGAGGUGGCACACAGUGAAGGCUGGUAUAGAAGGCAACCAUGGUUUUCUGAUUCUAGACGAUGAAGCCGUGACCAGGAACUCUUCGGAAGGCACGACCACUCUAGAUGUUGGCACAAAUAUUUUCAUUGGUGGCGUGUCCUCCCUGAACACACUGUCCCCAGAUGCGAUGGAGAAGGAGCCAGUGGGAUUCACCGGCGGCAUUCGAGAGGUCAUAGUCAACGGGCAGGACCUUGAGCUCACAGAGACAGGCGCACUGGAUGGAGCCAAUGUUGGCGACUGGGAUGGGACAGCAUGUGGAUAUAAGGUUUGCUUGAACAGUGGCUACUGCCAUCCAGUAGGACUUUCUUCAUUCAGGUGUAUUUGCCCCUCAUUGUGGACCGGUUCACGGUGCCAACAGUCAGUUCACUGUGUCAACAAUCUUUGUCAACACGAUUCUGUCUGUGUCCAUAACACAACGUCUGCUUCAUAUUCAUGUACGUGUUCUUUGGGAUGGAUUGGGACUUACUGUGACCAAGACGUUACGUUGAGGACUUUAAGGUUUACUGGAAACUCUUAUUUGAAAUACAAGGAUCCAAAGUACAACUCUAGGAAUUUGAUGUACACCGAGGUGUCACUGAAUUUUUCUACUUUAUCAGGGGACGGUUUGAUCCUUUGGAUGGGGAAAGCACACAGUGAAGACGAUGACCAUCUAGCGGUUGGGCUGCAGGGCGGUUAUCUGAAGGUUUCAGUCAAUCUUGGUGAGAAAACUGCUCUUCCUCUUGUGUAUCAAAAGACUUUCUGCUGUAAUCACUGGAAUUAUCUGUCCAUCACUCGCAACCGAACUCUCAUCCAGGUCUAUGUGAAUGAGGAAAGAGUCAUUUUUGAAGACAUUGACCCCUUUGAACGGUAUGUAGCAGUAAAUUAUGGAGGGGUGAUUUAUUUCGGGGGUUUUGAAUUGAAAAGAGAUGUGGCGUCAGUUACGUCUGGUGUAUUUACUAAAGGAUUUGAUGGGAGCAUUAAAGAUGUUUUCUUGUAUCGGGACAUCAGACAGCUGGAGUUUUUACAAACCAGUGAAGGUUUUAAUGUCUAUCAAGGUGAAGAGUAGAAAAAAUGGCUGUGCGUAUUGUUGCUAACUUGAUAUUUGAUUUUAGGUAUUCAGGUGUAGAAUAGAAUGUCAGUGCGUUUUUUUAUUUUACACAAAUAUAUGCUCAAUGGCACAAUCACAGUGCCCGUUUUUAAGAGGUGAAAUCUGCCAUUUAUUGGCAUGGUAAAAUGAUGCUGUGAGGUGGUAGGAGCGAUCCUGCAUCAAUGAUGCUAAUGAAAGGUACAAAAACACUGCGCACACACACACAAAAACAAAUUUGUUGUUUGAAGGAACAAAAUGAAGAGAUGAACACAUGAUAGCAGGACUGUUGUUAUAUAUUUGUGCCUCUUAUUGAAUGAGCAGUUGGUAUUUGUCCAGAUUUGUAAUUCUUGU